CACAUUUCUUGUGUAACACAAUAAUCAGGACUUAAAUUCUGCUCCACACUGGCACAGAGAUCUUUUUGUCCUGAGCGAGCAAAACAUACAUUUCCUUCUCUGUGUCAGGUCUGCAAGGGCAAUUCAAUGGGGUGUCUUCCAGGAGCAUCUUACCUUCUUCUGGUGCUGAGCGUGCCCCUGCUGGUAGGUCCCAGUGUCCAGGCAGGGAAGAUCAUGGUGUUUCCGGUGGAUGGGAGUCACUGGGUCAAUAUGAACCUGCUGAUUGAGAACCUCCAUGCAAAAGGUCACGAGGUCACUGUGGUCCGGACAGCAACCAGCUGGUAUGUCAAAGAAUCUGCGCCACAUUACCGCUCCAUCACUGUCACGCUACCACAAGCCAUAGUGAUUGAGAAGGAGGACUUCUUUGUGAACUUUCUCACCAAGAUGCUGGAAAUAAAGAGGGAAGGAUCUGUAACAGGCUUUAUCAAGUUUUACUGGGAGAUGUUGAAUGCGCUGUCGGACAUUCACAAACAGGCCAGCUUAUUGGGAGUGGAAAUGUUUGAGAACAAGACUCUUAUGCAGAGUAUUCGGGACACACAGUUUGACGUGGUUCUGGUUGACCCAGGUUUGCCUGUCGGAGUUUUGGUGGCUCAUGAACUAAAGCUGCCAACAGUUUACAAUGUAAGAUGGAUAACCAGCGGAGAAGGUCAUUUUGUUGUGGCUCCUUCUCCAACUUCAUAUGUUCCAACUUCUGCACACCCUGUAACCGACAAGAUGACAUUCAUCCAGAGAGUCAAAAACACAUUGUUCUAUUUCCUAAACACAUGCAUCGACAAGUUCAUCGUGUGCCCUCACUACGAUAGACUGAUUUACAGGUACUUUGGUCCAGAUGUGAAGUUCUAUCACCUUCUUCAGGGUGCAGACAUUUGGCUCAUGAGGGUAGACUUUGUCUUUGAGUUCCCUAGGCCGACCAUGCCAAACAUUGCGUACAUUGGUGGAUUUCAGUGCAAGCCCUCCAAGCCUUUACCCAAAGAGCUGGAGGAGUUUGUUCAGAGUUCAGGAGAGCAUGGUGUCCUGCUGAUGUCUCUGGGUACUCUGGUCAAAGGUCUGCCAACAGAAAUCACCUCAGAAAUAGCUGCUGCUUUCGCUCAGCUUCCUCAGAAAGUCAUAUGGAGGCAUGCCGGUGAACGGCCCAGAAAUUUAGGCAACAACACCCUCCUGGUGAAGUGGAUGCCUCAGAACGACCUGUUGGGUCAUCCAAAGAUUAAAGCCUUUGUAGCCCACGGUGGCACUAACGGUGUCUACGAGUCCAUCUACCACGGUGUGCCCAUCAUCGGCAUCCCCCUUCUGUUUGACCAGUUCGAAAACAUCCUCAGGCUGGAAGCUCGAGGAGCAGCGAGGGUAGUGGAUGCAGCAAAGCUCACCCGACAGAACUUUUUGGAAGCAGUGGAGGAUGUCAUUAACAAUCCUUCCUACAGAAAGAACAUGGAACGCCUGUCCAGUCUCCAUCGGGAUAAGCCGAUGCAUCCUUUGGACACUGCAGUGUACUGGAUCGAGUUUGUCAUGAGGCAUAAAGGAGCCGCACACUUACGAACAGAUUCUUACAAGAUGCCUUGGUAUUCAUAUUAUUCUGUGGAUGUUUUUGUUUUUUUGUUGUCCAUUUUGUUGCUACUGACAGCUGCUGUGGUGGGUUUGAUACGAUUUAUCUGCCUUCAACUGUGCAGGAAGAGAAAAUCAAAGCAAUCAAAGCAAGACUGAGUUCUCACAAACGAAUGGCUGGUUUUUUAAGCUUACUGGGAAAAGUACUGUAAAAAAAAAAGCAAGAGCACAUUUUGGCAUUUUUAGGGUUUACAUAAAGAAUUAUCUAGUCUUUUGCAGAUUUAAAAUUCUUGAAUAAUUUCUCAAACAGAUUCAAUGCAGUCAUAAUUUACUAUUUUUAAUAUAAGGAGAAAAGCAGAAGCAAAGUCUUAGUAACCAAAUGCACUUCUUUAAUGGGUUAUAAUCUUUUGACGACCUCUAUACAAAGUUGUUGAAAAGCUUGUUGAGCAGGGGAGCAUGUUGAAAAGGAGGAUUUCAAUUUCAACAAAAGAUGAAACUUACAGAACUGCAUGCAAAGAACAGGACUGAGGAAAUGUGGAGAAAGGCAAAGAGUGCAGGUGGGUGCAAUCAGGUGAAAAUUAAUACCAGCUAAGGCAGGUGGAAGGCAGAGGAGCUGAGGGAAGGAGAGCAAUUAACACAGAUAAGCUGAUUAGAGAAGCAGAGAAAUCUCAUAAAUCCAACAGAAGUACUUCUAAAUGAACUGAGCCCAGCAAUUGAAGAAGAAAGUAAUGCACAAGACAUUAACUAAAAUAAGCCUUAAAGAAUAGCAAAGGGCUGCAACCAACAACUUUUUUGUAAUCGGGUAUUCUAUCAAUUAUUCUGAUGAUUAAUUGUGUAAUGAGAUAAAUUUGGCACAUUCUGCAACUGGAAAGGUGGAGUCUGCAGUCUGCCCAAAAUAUUUAAGAAUUUCAGCACAGUUCCCAGUUAAAAACAAAGUUUGUUCUGGUUUUUGACCAAGAUUUGUGAGUUGGGCCAUUUCCAACUUCAGACUCAUGUUCAUUUGAACAACAGUUUUAAUCUGACAGAUAAUGCAGUCUCCGAAGCAGUGCAUCUUCAAACUCAUCGUGUUUUAUCACUGAUAUUAAAGGCUGGAAGCUUAGUCUGCUGGAUGCGAAACAAAUGUCUGCUGGAUGUUAAUGGAGUAUUAUUCUGAAGUCACUAUGGCCUCACGCCACUCGGACAUAGGAGGCUUGGAGACAUGAUGGCUGUGUAAAAGAUCCACUGUUUGCUGAUUGCAAGGCCAAAUGCUGCGUGGCUACUGUACAUGAUGUUGAUUGUGUAGGAUAGACUGUCUUCGUUUUGUCUCAUGCCAAGGCCACUAUCGAGUGUUAGGGAGAGCCGAAAGCGAGGAGGGGCAGAAACAGGGCAGACGCAAACUGCAGGUUUCCAUCUAUGUGAUCUCUGCUGUUUCUCAAUAAAAGUGCUGGAACUUCA